AUGGGUAUUAUUUCAUAUGUUGGUAGUUUCUUUUCUUCCCCACCGCCGAACCAAAAAUUCGCGGAUCGUUAUGUACUUGUUACUGGUUGUGAUUCCGGUAUCGGAAAUUUGAUUGCAAAGGCGUUGCAUAGGAGGGGUUACUCUGUACUCGCAGGAUGUCUCACCGAGGCAGCUUUUAAAGAAUUCCUAGAAUUUAAUGAGCAUCAUUCUACUACCAACCUCAGACCUUUUUUAGUUGAUGUCACGAAAGACACUUCCGUCCAACAAUGCGCUCGUAUGGUUGUUAAUGAAACAAAGGAUAAAGGUCUUUUUGCCUUGAUUAAUAAUGCUGGAUGUAAUGAAGGUUUCGCUUUUGAAUUUACUUCAAAUGAUCAAAUUGCGAAAACUAUGGAAGUAAAUUUUAUAGGACCAAUCAAAAUUAUAAAGGCAUUGUUACCUAGUUUACGACAAAACAUCAAAUACAACCUUAAAAAACCUGCCAAAGAUCAAGAUAUAUUUCCGCGUAUUAUCAAUAUGACUUCCAUAUUAGGUCGAACUACCGUACCUUUCUAUGGUGCGUACAGUGCGUCAAAACACGCCUUGGAAGCUAUGUUAGAUACGAUUCGAAUUGAAUUGUUACCUUGGAAGAUUCACAUUACCAUGAUCGAGGCGGUCCCUAUUAAAAGCAGAUUUAGUCAUCCAGAUCUUGUCGAAGUAUCCAAGAAAUUUUUCGCUUCUCCCGAAAUUACUGAACAAACCCUUACCCUUUACGGUGAGGAUUAUGUCCAAAAAGCUAUCGAAUUUUGGCAGAAACUUCAUUCUGGUCAGGAUAGCCCAAAAGCAAUAAUUAGAACAAUUAUUGAAGCGAUUGAAGUUGGAUUUCCUAGGGAUCGUUAUGUUGUCGGAACUCUUGCCAAGGUUCAUGUUUUAAUGAACAACGUUUUACCUAGAUGGGUCAUUGACUUGGCUUGGGGCAGUAUGAUUAGGUUGGUUGGUGUUUGGCCAAAAGAGGUCAAAGAACUGGAAGAUGGUGUUGCCGAGAACACUUCUACUUCUUCAAACUCUUCGUCUACAACUCCACCCUCUUCACCAAAAGAUUAA